GAUUCAAGGUGUGCAUGUCAUUGUCAAGAGGUCUCAUUUUCAUUUCUGGAGCAGGCCAUGUCCCACCUGUAGCCCUGGGAUGACAACAAAAAUCAUUUAUUUUAUGGCUAACGGGAGGCUGGAGCGAGCAGAGUUUGGAGCCGACUGCUCUGCUGCAGAUGUCAAAGAUCUGUUCCGGGCGGCGGCGGAGGCGGGGCCUCACCACAUCCUGAAGAUGUACAAACCAAACGGCAGCAUGGUGAACAUCUCCCCCCGGCUGGAAGCCAACAGCAAGGACUCGUACUACCAGCUGGAGGUGGUGGCGUCGGAUCUUCAGAGUGUGGGGAUGCCACCAGAGCUGGACAACAUGGACUACAGGCUGCAUCAUCUGGAGAGCAAAGUCAUUGAAGACAUGAGGAAGACUCCGGACAUCAUCUGUGAGCUGAAAAGCCAAGUGGAGUCUUUCAAGAGGAAGCUGGAGAGUGUGGUGCACCUGAGCUGGAUGGGUCUAUUCAAGGACGACAGCAAGCAGCAGCUCUCCAAGUUCUCCCCGAAGCCCAAAACGCCUCCGCUGAGCUCGCAGGAGGAACGCCAACAAGUCCGCAGGAAGUUCCUCAACAUGAGCUCGCUGCAGGUGACAGAAGAAGUGAGAGAGCAUCUGAAAACUCCCAUUUUUGACAACUGGCAGUGGGAGGAGGCGGAGAUGCUGGUGCUCCUCCAGGUGAUGUUCACCGACCUGGACUUCCUGACGGCGUUCCACAUCGAGAUGUACGUCCUGCAGAACUUCCUGUUUGAGGUCUACUGCCACUACAACAGCAUCCCCUUCCACAACUUCCAGCACUGCUUCUGCGUCACGCAGAUGAUGUACGGGCUGAUCUGGCUGACGGACCUCAGGAGUAAACUAUCAAGGAUCGACCUGUUCAUCAUGUUGACCUCGGCUCUGUGCCACGACCUCGACCACCCCGGCUACAACAACGUCUACCAGAUCAACGCUCAGACCGAUUUAGCUCUUCGCUACAACGAUAUUUCACCCCUGGAGAAUCACCACUGUGCCGUCGCCUUCGGCAUCCUGUCCAAGCCGGAGUGCAACAUCCUGAAGAACCUGAGCUGUGAGCAGUACAAAUACAUCCGAAGAGGAAUGAUCAAAUGUAUUCUGGCCACGGACAUGGCGAGACACAACGAAAUUCUCAACAAGUUCAAAACCAUGCAGCCGGUGUUCGACUUCACCAACAAGGACCACAAGGAAGUGCUGAUGAAGAUUAUGGUGAAGGUGAGUGACAUCUCCAACGAGGCGAGGCCGAUGGCCGUGGCCGAGCCCUGGCUGGACUGUCUGCUGCAGGAGUUCUUCAACCAGAGUGACACGGAGAAACUCAAAGGACUUCCAGUGGCUCCUUUCAUGGACCGAGACAAAGUGUCCAAACCGUCCUCUCAGACCAACUUCAUCAGAUUUGUUCUCGUGCCUCUCUUCACCGAGCUCACCAAGCUCUUCCCCUGUCUGGAGCAACACAUUCUGGAGCCGGUGCGACGAGCCCUGGAUUAUUACUCCAACAUGGAGAGAGCCAGCAAGGAGGAGGAGGGGACGAGCAAAGCAUGAGGAGGAGGCGGAGGAGUAGUUUAAUACCCAGAUUAGUCUAAAACAGAUGUGUUAGCUGACAGAGCAUUAAAUUCAGCAGCAGUGUGUUAGAGGAAGUCAUGCAGCAGACCUGCAUCAUGUCAUUAAACGCAGAGGCCACGUCCCCUUUAAAACUAACUGACACACAAAUCCAGAUCAGAUUUGAGGCGUAAAAGAUACCUGAAUAUUCCAAGAUUAGGUUAGAUAGUGUGCAUGAGCAGUUUGAUCCAGCUAGAUCUCGGCCUAUAGCUCAGCUCAGGUGUCAACAGGUUGGUUAUUUACAAACGAUACCUGGUGUUUCAGUCAGAUGUCCAGAUGAACCACAUCUGGCCCGUGUGUUGGGUCAUCGAUCCACUUGGACAGAGAAAGACUGAACAGGCAUGACGGCUUACUGAUCAACUUUAAUUUAUUUACUUUUAAUGUUAAAGUGCAAGUUCAGGAUGUAAAAUAAUUAUUAGAAAUAUUUAUAAAACAUUUACCAUGAAAUUAAUGCAUUUAAACACAUCAACAGGAUCUUUGGUUUCUAGCCCCCAAAAAGAGGCGGGGCCAUGACGUUUUAUGAAGCACCCGUGUGUGCCGGUCUGACGUAUUGCAUCUGAAUCAUUUUAUAAACUGUUGAGUUUCUGAAUUUUGUAACUGGUCAAGUUUUAGUUAGUGUCGUUACGUACUUGGGAAUAUGGCUGCAAUGUAAAUGUUUGUUGCUAUGAGCUUUUUUUUUUUUCUCCAGAUUUUCAACAACUCUGCCUCUAACUGGCUCGCUGCCUCUGCUGGAUAAGGUUAUGGUCAGCCGAUCAGAGGGGAGAAGCUGGUGAGAGCUGUUGAAACUGUGGCGGGUGUUGAGAUUUGGCUUUUUAAAGAGGAGUACCACCAUUAAAAGAAGCCCAUGUGACGUUUGUCUGCUUCUCAUUGGACAUGUUGGUGUUUUAACAGGACAAUUUAUAAACCAAGUUGUUGUUCAGGUAAUCCAGACAGGUCACCUUGUAACCCAAA